UUAGUGGUUGUUUUGUAAAUAUUAUAAAUCAUAAAGAUGGCAAAGAGGGUGCAACCACCUUGGGUACCACCGCAAAAGAAGAAUUCGGCGGUUCUUAAACUAUACAACAGUUUAACUAGAGAAAAAGAAGUGUUUGUAUCACAGUUUGGAAAUCGCAUAUUUUGGUACAGUUGUGGACCCACUGUGUACGAUGCCUCACAUAUGGGACAUGCUAGGUCAUAUAUAUCUUUUGAUAUAUUAAGGCGUGUCAUAUCUGAUUAUUUUGGAUAUGAUAUUUUAUAUGUAAUGAAUAUUACGGAUAUAGAUGAUAAGAUUAUAAAAAGAGCCAGACAAAAUUAUUUGUAUCAGCAAUAUAUAGAAGAAGCUCAUACCCUUGAUGAAAUUUUAGAUGAUGCAAAAAGUGUAAUGCAUAUGUUUGAAGGUACAGUGAAGACCACUAAUGAUCCAGAUAAGAAGUGUAUGUUGCAGAAAAUGUUGUGCAAUGUAGAAAAGGCUAUUGAGGAUCUUGAAAAUGCUGUGAAACUUAAGGAUGAGAACAAGAUUAAGGAAUUUCAAGAAUUACUUUUAAAAGAAGCAAGAGAUCCUUUGGCAGACUGGCUGGAUAAAAGGAAAGGAGCUACAGUGACAGAGCAUUCGAUCUUCAAUAAGCUAUCUCAACACUGGGAAUCAGAGUUCCAUAAAGAUAUGGAUGACUUGAAUGUAUUAAGACCAAAUGUUUUGACAAGGGUUAGUGAAUAUGUUCCUGAGAUCAUAGCGUUUAUUAAAAAGAUCGUAGAAAAUGGACUGGCAUAUGAGAGCAAUGGUUCCAUAUAUUUUGAUGUUACCGCCUUUGAUAAGCAGGAUAAACAUUACUAUGCCAAACUUGUUCCAGAGGCUUAUGGUGAUACAUCAAGUUUGCAAGAAGGAGAAGGAGACUUGAGUACUGCAGAAUCAUCUGAGAAAAAGUCGCCAACUGAUUUUGCACUGUGGAAACGUUCGAAGGAAGGCGAACCAUGGUGGGAGAGUCCUUGGGGUAAAGGACGACCCGGCUGGCACAUAGAAUGCUCAGUGAUGGCGUCUAUAAUUUGCGGAGAAAGCUUAGACAUUCAUACUGGAGGAGUUGACUUGAAAUUUCCUCAUCAUGAUAAUGAAAUAGCACAAGCGGAAGCGUAUUUCAAUAAUUGCAAUUGGGUUAGAUAUUUCCUUCAUACCGGUCAUUUGACCAUAGCUGGCUGUAAAAUGUCGAAAUCGUUAAAAAACUUCGUUACCAUACAAGAUGCAUUGAAGAAACAUUCGGCGAGACAGUUGAGACUUGCAUUUCUUUUGCAUUCAUGGAAAGAUACAUUAGAUUAUAGUGACAAUACUAUGAAUAUGGCACUUCAGUAUGAGAAGUUUUUAAAUGAAUUCUUUUUGAAUGUAAAGUGUAAAAUUAGGUCUUUGGGUUCGGAAACAAAUAUUAAUACGUUCAGUAAAUGGACAAAUUCCGAAAUGGAAUUGAAUGCAAAGUUCAGCAAUGCUAAGGACUCUGUACAUAAUGCACUAUGUGAUAAUGUUGACACACGAAGUGCACUUGAUAUGAUUAGAGAUAUUGUUACACAUUGUAAUAUUUAUAUGAAUCAAACUAAGCAACCGAAUACCUUAUUGCUCAGGGAUGUUGCAGUUUAUAUCACAAAAAUGUUUACUAUAUUUGGUGCAAUAUCAUCUUCACAUGAUACCAUUGGUUUUCCAGUAGACGAUAAUACAGCGAACUUGAAUGUUGAAGAGGUCGUAAUGCCUUAUUUAGAAGUUCUGGCAAACUUUCGAGAACAAGUGCGGAAUGAAGCAAAAAUACUUAAAGCUAAUAGUAUUCUUGAAGAAUGUGAUAAAUUGCGCGACGACGUUUUACCAAAUAUCGGCGUGCGUUUAGAAGAUAGUAAUGAAGAAUCUUGUCGAGUGAAAUUGGUAAAUCGUGAAGAACUUUUAAGGGAGAAGGAAUGUAAGAGGAAGCAAGAACUUGAAAAAGCAGAGGAGAAGGAGAGACGAAAGAUAGAAGCUGCUGCGGUGGCUGCAGCAAAAGAAGCUCAAAGAAAAAUGCCUCCCUCUGAUAUGUUCAAGCUGGAGAAAGAUAAAUAUUCUCAAUUCGAUAGCAACGGUAUACCAACGCACGAUGCUGAAGGUAAAGAAAUCAGUAAAGGACAAGUAAAGAAACUGCAGAAGCUGCAACAAGCACAAGAGAAACGAUACAACGAAUACCUUGCUUCUAUUGAAAAUGGCGUAUAA